ACCCAAUCAUUCCGUUGCUUACCGUGACUCCACAAUCACACGAUCCCGUCAUCUUCCGCCGGUUUCUGCCUCUCCGAUGGCUUCCGAUCUCGCAACCAAGGCCAAAGAGGCUUUCAUCGACGACCAUUUCGAACUCGCCGUUGACUUGUACUCUCAAGCCAUCGUCAUCGACCCUCAGAACCCCGAACUUUUCUCUGACCGUGCUCAGGCUAAUAUUAAACUCAAAAACUUCACCGAUGCUGUUGCUGAUGCAAGCAAAGCAAUGGAGUUGGACCCCUCAAAUCCGAAGUCUUAUUUGCGCAAAGGAACGGCAUGUUUCAGUCUUGAAGAGUAUCAGACUGCCAAAACAGCCUUCGAAGCUGGCUCCAAAUUAGCUCCAGGAGAUACACGGUUCACAGAUUGGAUAAAAAAGUGUGACAAGUGCAUUGUAGAGGAAAUCGGUGAAGUACCAACACAGUCAUCAGAUGCAACCCUUACUAAUGCUGUGGCUCCUAGUUCGACCACAAACGAUGUUGAGGAAGUAAUGAACAUAUCUAGUGAGGUGAUCCCAACACCAGCCAAACCAAAAUACAGACAUGAGUUUUAUCAGAAACCAGAAGAGGUUGUUGUGACAAUAUUUGCCAAGGGAAUACCGGCUAACAGUGUGUCUGUCAAUUACGGGGAGCAAAUCCUAAGUGUUACCAUUGAUGUGCCCGGGGAAGAUCCAUAUACUUUCCAGCCUCGCUUGUUCGGAAAGAUUGUCCCCGCAAAGUGCAGAUACGAUGUUCUCUCAACCAAAGUUGAAAUCCGGCUUGCAAAAGCUGAAGCUAUACAUUGGACAUCUCUCGAAUUUGUUAAAAACAGUUCGGUUGUGCGACAGAGCAAUGUCUAUACAGCUAUUCAAAGACCAUCUUAUCCUUCAUCAAAACCAACCAAAGACUGGGAUAAGCUUGAAGCUCAAGUGAAAAGGGAGGAAAAAGAUGAAAAACUUGAUGGCGAUGCGGCUCUCAACAAAUUUUUCCGUGAUAUUUACAAAGAUGCGGAUGACGAUACAAGAAGGGCCAUGAGAAAAUCUUUUGUUGAGUCGAGUGGGACAGUGCUGUCAACAAACUGGAAAGAAGUGGGAUCAAAGGUGGUGGAAGGAACCCCUCCGGAUGGUAUGGAAAUGAAGAAAUGGGAGUAUUAAGAUCGUAUUUUGGCUCUGAUUUGAAGCUGUUUGUCCAUAUUCUUUUGCUUAAGUCUAUAAAAAGAGUUUAUUCAGUAUGUGCUAGCUUGCAUUCCAGUCAUAUCUUCGGCUUUUGAAAGUGUGUUUUAGCAUUCAUUUGGUUGAUUUUGUGGAUACUUACUUUUCUAUAUAUUAGAAUUACCGAGAUAUAUAAAGUGGAUUGGCAUGUUGAA